AUGUAUAUCUGUCUUGAUUAUAACUUUUUUCGGGUAUUUUUCCCCCACAAAAUAGCUCGAAACCUAUGCAUUUUUAAAUCCAAUCUUAGAUAUUGUACCAUUAAUCUCUCUCUACUUUUUUCUAUUAGCCUUUGUUUGGCAAGCUCUCUAAGAUCUAAAUAA